AUGUCAAAAUCCACUUCAACAAAGCUAGCAACACUCCGCGGCGUCUUGGCCCAGCUUCCAGAUAAAGACGUCCUGCACAAAUACCUCGGAAGGUCGACAACUGCUCCAAACCUACUUUGCGACGCUGUCCUCGUCGUCCUCCACCGCAAAUGGUCAGCCCACCCACCGUAUCGCCUCACCGAGCUUGGAAUUACCACCUACGACCGAUCUAGCAUCAAUCAAGGGCAGCCUAUCAUGGCUGGCCCGCACGCAGAAGACCUGCUACGUCAAGUAUGGUGUCUACACCUUGUCAUCCGCUCCACUGCGCAUCUGGACUCUACAGACACCGGUCUCGAUCCUUUCCAUUUCGGCACAACAGUCUACGUAUCCCAAGAAGAAGCUCUUUUCCUGCUCCACCAGAUCUGGUACCAGCCCAUGGACGAGCAGAAUGAGGAUGCAGGCUACCGACCCAUCAUAUACAUGUCCUUUGGCUCCAACAGCAGCAUCAGCAGGGUACGCAAGACGGCGUUCGACUUCGACCCGACCCUUCUGGAUACCACGGUAGCGAGUCUCGAUGCGCAAAUCAUACCCCAGCAGUCUAAACUCACGCGCCACGCAGACGCGGACUUCGCAUACCUUCUCAGACAGUUCAGCGUCCCGGUAUAUCACUCCGAUAACAGCGGUAACGCAGCCAUAGCUUGA